UUAGAUACAAUGAAAAAUUAGAUUAUUUAUUUUUAUUCCACAUAAGCAAAUAAACAGAACUUAAUUAUGUAUUCCCCUUUUACCUGUGCCCCCAGGUGUCCACAACCAAAAACUGUUGGAAAUAAACCAAAAUAAUGAAGACCUGCUAUAUUAUGUAAAGCAAUUAACUAAACAAAUAACUAGCAAAAGCGUCAUUUUUACUAAUUAGAGCAAUACAAUUUCAGCGUAGAAGAGCGAUUUUUGUCUUGGGUUAGAUGUGCGAAGGGCGCCGUUGCUUACAAGCGAAAAGGUCGAUUGGAUGGUCGAAAUGUCCAGGAUUUUUGUCAGACACAGGUGGCAACCCUAUUGGUAAAUAAUAUAUGGAAAUGGCCUAUCAUAUUUGAAAUGUAUCGUUUUUCUAAGCCUUUUUUUUUUGUCCUUUUAUCAGUAUAUAAAUCUAACUUGCUUUGGCUAAAAAUUUUGAUGAUAUAGACAGGAUGGUGCUAUAUGCAAAGUUCAUGUGAAAUGGCCUUUACUCUACAACUAAGCCCACAAGAAGACCAGCAGCAUUCUGCCUGUCUGAGUGACUCUGUGCCUUAGAAAGAAAUGUUUCAUCACUUCUUGGUUCAUGCAGCUUUUCAGAGCAGCAGAUGGCUUCCACGAGACCAGCGGAUGAAAUUCCAAAUAGUUCUUUUUAUUUUUGUGGUGCUUUUACUGACACCCCAGGUUUACAUACUAACAAGGCCAAAGUCUUCCCGCUACUGUGAAAAGCCACUCUUGAACAACCUCAUAGCUCUCAUUGUGUUUUCAGUCAUGGCUACAGGUUUAGCAGUGACCCUUACUCUCACUGACCCUGUGCCAAAGAGUAUUAGGGCAGUUUAUCACACAUUUGGAGUGCUUUCAUUCACCCACGGACUCUGUACCAUCAUUUUGACCUUCAGUGCUCCACAGUGUGAGAAUACCACGCCAGAGCUCUAUCUCUUUUCACUGGUACUUUCAUGGGCUUGUAUCAUAUCAACAGUAUUCUUCGUGAUAAGAGGCUGUCUUUGGAUGUUCUACAGAAAGUGUUCAAACUGAGUCAGAGAAACGUGAGCCACUGUCCAGGUCACUGCCUCAUACAGCUCCAUGUAUUAUUCAGAACCUCCUGUUGAGUUGGAGAUGGGUUUUCAGCUGAGCUUGGUUAACUUCUGUGACAAAGCAUAUUGCUUUACAGUGCUGGGCGUAUAAACAAUCUAAAAAGUUAAAUGACUUUCAUAGCAACACGAGCAAAGUAAAUCCUCUGCAAAUUAUUCCACUGUACACUGGGUGUAACUUGAAUAUUUAAUCAAGGUAAUAUAUUUUGUACAAUUAUUAAUAAUUUUUUAAAAUGUGCAAAGUUCAAUCGCUUACAAUUAAUACUGAAAUUUUGCUGCAGUUGAAAAUGUAUUCAAAUGUAAUAAUUUCUGCCGAAUUAUCCCUUAACAUUAAGAUAAAUUAAUAUGAAAUUUGACAUAUAAUGAUCUUUACUGAUGAUCCCUAAACCCCCGGCUCUUAAAACUUCUGCUUUUUCUGCUCAGCACUGACAUUUAAUACACAAAAAAAUGGUUCACUCAGUCACUCGAAUGUAAUAAAAUUUUAUUUCACUCUUUGACAAAUCUUUUAUAUACUGAAUGUGUAAACAUUACUGAAAGGAAUUCCACUCUAUAAUGCAUUUUUAUUAGUCAAUUUAUACAUUGUGAUUUCAGCUAAGAUUUUACAGUACUUGGUACAAUACCAUUUAAUUUGUUAGUCAACCAAAACACUUAACCCAGAACACAUCAUUUCAACUGCCAUAAAAAUGUAAACCAAUAUAAAAAUCUUUUACAUGCAUUUUCCACAAAAAAAAUGCUUUUCCAGACAAUGUGCGAUUUCAUUCAUGUAUGUAUGUAUGUAUGUAUGUAUGUAUGUAUGUAUGUAUGUAAUUUUUUAAUGAAAUGGGGAGUUAACCUUUGAAUAAACAUCAAUGGGUUUGUGCUAGGCUUCCAAGACUGUAACUUUUACAAAAGAUAAGGCACUGUUUUUCUGAGGUAUUUUUUGUAGUUGUGCACUGUGACAAAUAUUUUUGGCAAGUUGGAAAGCCACUUUCUGCUGGUACUACAGCUAAAAGACUACACACAUUAAUAUAUACAAAUAACAACUUUCAAAAAUUCAUAAGCCAGUGCUUUACAAGCCAGUCUAUUUCAGAAAGCUUUUCAGACACACAUUCAAAUAAUCUUAGAUAAUUAUAAUUUCAUUUUAUGUGAUGACUCCUAACAUAUUAUGAGACCAUUCAUCCAUGGGUAUAC